CUGGAGAGAAGAGCUGAAGCGUUUAAGCGUUGUGAUUUAUGCCGUAAGCGGUGGCUACCCUAUAAGUAGACUAAGAAGCGCUGCGAUCGCGUUUAGUGCGUCGCGAUUGCUCUACGGAGUCGGAGCCAAGUUUACAGCCGAGUUUCUUUUUGGCCAACAAGUUUGCACGCUUGCGUGACGCUUCAAGUGGCAGUGGCAAAUAACUGAAUUUAUCUAUGAAUAUAAAUACAAAUAGAUAUAUUGUGUGUGUGCUUGGUGAUUGUGUGAAAUCCGUAUAACAAUAGAAACUUUAAAAAAUAUCAACUAUUAACUUAAAGGCACUUUACCACGCCAGAACGAACCGAAAGCUGGCUAAAAUGUCAAGCUUACGCAAAACCACAGCGGCGUUGAUAAAGCGCUCCACCUUCUCCGCGACAACGUCGCGGCUGCCCCAUGUGGCAAGUGGUGGUGGCGUAAGUGUUGGUGGGGCGGCAACGCCGGCUGUUGUUGGUGCAGCGAUUCCGCAUGAUGGCGUCGGUGUGGCAACGGAAAUUGAAAAAUCAAUUGCGUCUGGAGCAUUGCAAAAGCGAGGACAGCAACAACAACAUACACAACAACAACAACAACAGCUGAAUAAGCAACAAGAAGUUAUGUCUCCCGUGAGCAACACAGGAAAAACAGCCACAACAACUGCCACAACAACAACAACAACAACAACAACCACAACUACGACAUCUGCUGUGCGUCCGUAUUCUGAAGUUCCAGGUCCAUAUCCGUUGCCGUUGAUUGGCAACUCCUGGCGCUUUGCACCACUAAUUGGUACAUAUAAAAUUAGUGACCUGGACAAGGUUAUGCACGAGUUGCAUGUCAACUAUGGCAAAAUGGCCAAAGUGGGCGGUCUUAUUGGACAUCCGGAUCUGUUGUUUGUAUUCGAUGGCGACGAGAUACGCAAUAUAUUCAAAAAGGAGGAGGCAAUGCCGCACAGACCCUCGAUGCCAUCUUUGCGACAUUACAAGGGUGAACUGAGACGCGACUUCUUUGGCGAUGUGGCAGGUCUAAUUGGCGUGCACGGACCCAAGUGGGAGGCAUUCCGCCAGGAGGUGCAACACAUUCUGUUGCAGCCACAAACAGCCAAGAAGUAUAUACCUCCACUCAAUGACAUUGCCAGCGAGUUUAUGGUGCGCAUAGAUGAGAUGCGCAACGAGAAGAAGGAGCUGCCCGAUAACUUUCUGCAUGAACUGUACAAAUGGGCGCUUGAAUCUGUCGGUCGCGUCUCGCUGGACACACGUUUGGGCUGCCUGAAGCCGGAGGGCAGCGCGGAGGCGCAACAAAUUAUUGAUGCCAUCAAUACGUUCUUUUGGGCGGUGCCAGAAUUGGAACUCCGCAUGCCCCUCUGGCGUCUAUAUCCCACAAAAGCCUAUCGCAGCUUUAUUCGCGCCCUGGAUCAGUUCUCCGCCAUUUGCAUGAAGAACAUCGGCCAAACGAUGGACAAAGCUGAUGUUGACCAGGCUAGGGACAUACCCAAAAACGAGGCCGACAUUUCCAUUGUGGAGCGUAUUGUACGCAAAACAGGCAAUCGCAAAUUGGCAGCGGUUUUAGCUCUUGAUCUGUUUCUUGUGGGUGUCGAUACGACCUCAGUGGCGGCCUCCUCGACGAUUUAUCAGCUGGCCAAGAAUCCGGAUAAACAGCAGCGUCUGUUCGAGGAAUUGAAACAGGCGUUUCCAACGCGCGAUGCACAGAUCAAUCAGCAUGUCCUUGAACAGAUGCCUUAUAUGCGGGCGUGCGUCAAGGAAACUUUGCGCAUGCGUCCGGUUGUCAUUGCCAAUGGGCGUAACUUGCAAUCGGAUGCGGUUAUUAACGGCUAUCAUGUGCCAAAAGGCACUCAUGUCAUCUUUCCACACCUGGUGGUGUCCAAUGAUCCCACAUAUUUUCCGGAACCGAAACGUUUUGUACCCGAACGUUGGCUUAAACAGAACACAGCUGCCAACUGCCCACAUGCUGGCCAGAAGAUACAUCCAUUUGUCAGCCUGCCCUUUGGUUAUGGACGUCGUAUGUGCGUAGGACGAAGAUUUGCAGAAAUCGAAUUGCACACACUGUUGGCCAAGAUCUUUCGCAAAUAUAAAGUGUCCUACAAUUCUGGGGAAUUCGUUUACCGUGUCAACUCAACGUACAUACCGCAAUCGCCGUUAAAUUUCAAGCUAACACUCAGGGAAGAGUAAGGAUUGUAAAGCUCUAAAGGAUGCUCUGUGACACACGGCGGCUGUGUGAUAUUUUUAGCACUGUUUGCUUCUCGUUACGCCGUUUUCUCUCUCUCUCUCUCUCUACUUUUUGCUUGCAUGUGUCGCGGUUUUUUCAUAUUUUUCGUCAUUUCUUUUUAAUUAAGCAAAUGGGCUUGAGAUACAAAUGUAUCUGUAACCGCAUCUGUUGGCGUAUCUCAACUAAUGACCGCCUUGUAUAUAUGUAUGUAAUCAUGUAAUCAUCAUAGUCAUCCGUUAAGUUAGUAUUUACUGUAACCAAAAGUCGUAGCCAAUAAACAGCCAAAAAGUAUGCAACACAU